AAUACACCUCAGCUAACUAAACAUGUCAUUCGAUUUAGACGAUCCUAUUGGACGAGAAGUGAGACGUAGUAUUGAAGUUGAGAUUGGGAAGCGAUUUCCCAAUAAUACCGGAGAAGCUGCCGAUCUUGCUGAAUAUAUUUGUGUAUUAGUAGCAUCGAAUACUGAUGUUCCUACUAUUAUUAAAGAAUUAAGAGAUAUAACUGAAAUAAAUAUUGAAGCUGAUUUCAUAUUAGAGUUGCUUCAAUAUAUAAAUAUUUUGGUAGCUAAUGGAGUACCACCACAAGUCGCUCCAACCACUGUUCCAGCUGCUGCUGCUGCUGCUGCUGCUGCUGUUCCAGUAACUAACAAACAACAGAUACCGGAAUUCCCCAACACUGCAUUCCUUGAAACUAGUACUGAACGUACUAAACCUACAAACCCUAGAGAUUUUAGAAGACCAACUCUGGAUCGUACUCAAACAAGAGGUAUAGGAGGAGCUACUGCAAGAAAUAAUUUAAAAGGUGGUAUAAAUAAAGGAGGAAUAGGUAAGACAGGUAAUGAUCGUACCAACUCUCAUAGAAAGGGUCCAACUGACCAAACUCAAAAGAAAUUUGAAAAAGCUUUAAGCUCGAACAAUCAGAAUGUCAAUAUUCAUAAUAUUCCGAAGGGUAGAUGUCCUGACUUUCCUUAUUGUAAGAAUAAAGAAUGUCCUAAAUCUCAUCCUACUAAGAAUUGUUUCUUAUAUCCAAACUGUCCUAACGCACCAGGAACUUGUAAUUAUUUACAUCCAGAUCAAGAUCAAGAGUUAAUUCAAAAGUUGGAAGUUUCCAAACAGGAAUUUGAAAAGAAGAAGCAAUUUGAUUUCCAACUUAAGGCUGCAUUAUGUAAAUAUGGUUUAGAAUGUGGUAAAGAUACCUGUCCUUUCGUCCAUCCAACUCCAGCAAACAAGGAUGCUAAGAUAGAUACACUUUCAUGGUGUGAAGCUGGUAAGAAUUGUUUAAAUAAGAAUUGUACUAUGGCACAUCCUCCUCCAUCAUCUGCUGCUAUUAAACUGGCUCCAUCAGCCAAAGAACUUGCACUUGAACAAUGUAAGUUUGGUACAGCAUGUAAGAAACCUAAAUGUCCUAGAAGACAUGCUACUUCAUCAGUUCCUUGUCGUGAAGGUGGUGAUUGCAGAAGGUUAGAUUGUACUUUUGCUCAUCCAUUUAAUGAAGAUUGUCGAUUUGGUGCUGCUUGUCUGAAUAAAUAUUGUUUAUACAAGCAUCCUGCUGAAAGAGUGGUUAAGCCUAAUACUUGGAUUAAAGAUGACGAGCAUACUGAUACUACUAUGACAGUAGGUACAUCUUCAAGAGCAUUUGCCGUUGCUGAUGAUCAAGUCAGUGCGUUCAGUGCUCAAGGAUAGAAAAUGAGUAUGAUAUCAUACUUUUUAUUCUGUCUUCUCUAUUUUCUACUUCUUGAGAGUUUAUAUCUGUUUUAAAUGAAAUUAUUAUAUUAUAAAGUUAUGUUUAAAAAAGAAUAAAAAUGAAAACUGAAAAAAAUUAAAUAAGAAACUAAAAAAAUAACAAAAGAACAAACAUACACUAAGAGUAAUUCUCUGGAAGUAAUUGAAAGCUGGACUUUCAUUUGAACUAGCAUUAACUGGUUAAUGUGCAAUUCUUAUCUUUUUUUUUAAGUUAUAGUUUUAUUCUUCUGUAGUAUUAACAAAUUAUUUAUAGCAUUAAUGGGAAUUAUACAUAUUGGGAU